CCUGUCUCCUGCCUCCCGAGUGCUGAAAUUAAAGGCAUGCGCCACCACUGCCCGGCUCUCCUGUGGAUUUUAGGGAGGGAAUUUAUAAGGAUAGGUUUGCGUGCGUGCGUGUGUGUGUGUGUGUGCGUGUGUGUGUGUGUGCGUGCGCGUGUGUGUAUGCUACUUGUGUUUGAUUGCUCUCAAAGGCCGGAGGAGUGUUGGGUCACUUAGAACUGAGUGACAGGAGGUUGCGAGCCACCUUGAUAGUGGGUGCUGGGAUCUAAGUUCAGGUCUUCUACAAGAGCAGCAAUUGCUUUUAGCUGCUGAGCCCUCUGUCCAGCCUCUUAUUUUAUAUUUUACACCUGACAGAACUCUUGGUGAGCUAUCUGCAUUUUCUCAUUUUCCUCCUGUGUUCACUCAUGGUCCAUACCAUUGAGGGUGGAAACCUUAUUGAAGGGGCCAUUUUAUCCUGAGUUUUACCAGCUAGUGGUGUUAGCAUUUUGCAUCUUAUUAUGUCUUAGGAGUCAGGGUCUUACUGAAUUUUCCUAUGAUUGCAUUAUCUCUUAUCUAUCUAUUUAUCUAUUUGUUAUUUGUUUGUUGUGUGGAAGUUAGAGGACGACCUGACCUGAGGUGUCAUUUGUCACCUACCUUGUUUGAGACAGGGUCUUUGGUGUUCUCUCUUAGUUCAUUAGGCUGGCUGGCCUCAGAGCUUAUGAGGAAUUGUCAGCCUCCAACGUCCCAUAGAGUGGAACCGUCUUCUGAAGAUUCCAGCCUGUAUAAAUGUCAAGGGCUUUGUCUCCACAGCCCCACUGAAUAUCAUAGCAUGCUGCUUUAUAGUACAUUUGCAAGGUCACUAUGUAAUCCCGAGUUACGUUACUGUGUAAUUACGUUACUAUGUAAUUCCGAGUGCUUUUAUAAUUAACCCCACACCCCAGGCCCCAAUCUAGCCCUGCACUGGGGUGAAGUGGUAAAACAGUCCCAGGCCUCCAACCAAGAUGUCCUCCAGUGCUUGGAGUCUAUCCUUGGGUAGCAACGAGCCCAGCAGCACUGAUGCACCAACCCAAACAUGCUGUUGCUCUUAUAAUGCACCCACUCCAGGGCCGUGGAUGGGAUCUGCUGCUUAGCCAAUGUUUACUGCCACACAGAGAGCCCCAGUAAACCAAAGCCUUUGCCAGACCUGCAUCAUGGGGAAUAUUGAGGCCAAGCCUGGAAAGGUUAUGGGGGAGGGGGAGGCUGGAUGGGCUUUUGGGUCCUCUAAAUGCUCCCCCCCCCCCCCCGGUUUUUCGAGACAGGGUUUCUCUGUAUAGCCCUGGCUGUCCUGGAACUCACUUUGUAGACCAUGCUAACCUCAAACUCAGAAAUCCACCUGCCUCUGCCUCGUGACAGUGCUGGGAUUAAAGGCGUGCGCCACCACGCCCGGCUCUAAACGCUCUUGGUAUCUGGGGAAACUGCCUGACACCAGGGAAAACCUCCAGCCUCCCACAGAGUAAAAGAAACCGGUAGGCCUUUGCCCCAGAUGUAAAGAGGGGCUUGGGAAACUGCUAACAGACUGGGUGCUGGACUUCUGGACCACCCACGAGAAAAGGUGGCGAGAUGGGAGCCAAAGGAGCUGAACCUUUGAAAGCACCGUAAAAGUGAAAUGAGGUGACCUCCUUGUGACAGGAGCAGUUCCCAGAUUAUAACGAGCACUGGCUCCCCUCCUGAUAGUGAUCCUGUACCCCAGCCACUCUGAAGUUCCAAGGGAAGUUCAGGGCCAGGCUGGCCUUGACCUCACUUUGUAGCUAAUGGUGACCUUCAGCCUGAUCCUUCAGCCUCCUACUGCUAAGUAUUCUGAUUACAUCCUGGGCCUGCCUGGCUUUGAGUGUGUGUGUGUCUGGAACAGGGCAGGCACCCACCUGACAGCCAGGGAUCAACAGAUGACAAAGACUGGAUGUAUAGGGAAAAAUAACAGUGUUAAACAGACUUCUCCCCGUUUUCGCUUUUAUCUCAACAUGGCUUAGAAUCUAGAUUCCUAAAUUGCACAGUAUCCUAAUAGCUUGGUAUAUCAACGAAAUGCUACUGAAGGUAGACUCAACUAAGGAAACUCUGUUGAACGGAAAUAGGGAUUAUAAAAUACUAUACUCCCAGCAUUGUAAUGCCUAUGCAGUCAGUUCCCAGCCACCACAUGGUGGCUCAUAACCAUCUGUAAUGGCAUCCGAUGCCACCCUCUGGUGUGUCUGAAGACAGCUACAGAGUUGUUUUGUUUAGCUCAGCAGUAAUCUGCACCUAGCCAACUGGGUCAGUGGGUGCUAAGAAUAGAAGAAACAACCGUGGAUCUCUUGCCUUAGCAUAGCAUGAGCAAGGCCCUGAGGUCAGACUCCAGCCCUGUAGCGAAACAAAAUAGGAACUUACCUCCAGUGAGAUGGGAGUGGAUAAGCCAAGGUUAAACCAAACAAACAAAUGCAGAUAUAAACCAUAGUAUGCAUCCUGAAAGCAAGCUUGUAUUUUAGAAAACCAUACUUAGACAUGGACUGGGUUUUGUUUGGUUUUGUUUUUAAGGGGUGGGGGGGGGUGCUUUUUGUUUUUGAGGGUCUUGGGUAGCUCAGGUUGCUCUCAAUCUCCCUGUGUGACCCAAAGAAUAACCUUGACCUUGCGUUUCUCCUGCCUGUAAUCUCAUGUGCUGGGGAUUACAAGAGUACCACCGGGCCAUCUUCGCUUUCAUUUAUUUUUACUCUGUGUACGGGUGCUUUUCCUGCACUUGUGUCUGCUCGCUGUGCGGUCGGUCAGUACUGGGAGAGGGCCUCAGUGUGCAUGUGGAAGUCAUAGGACAAUGGGGUCCUGGGUUCAAACUCAGGUUUGGCAAGAAGCACCCUUACCUUUCACUCAGCAACUUUUUAAAAAUCGUGUGAAUGUGAGGGUAGGGUCUGCACAUAUGAGUGCAGUCGGUGCCUUACAGAGCCAGAAGAAACUGUUGGAUCCCCUGGAGUUUGAGUUAACAAGUAGGUAUGAGCCACCUGAUGUGGGGGGCUGGGAACUGAACUCAGGUCAUCUGCUAGAGCAGUGUGUGCUCUCUCUUUAAACUGCCAUAUCUCUACUCCUUGUUGGGUUCUUUUGAAAGUCUAGGCAGCCUAGGCUGGUCUUGCAAUAGUGACCUCACUUCCUGACCCUUCCAAAACUGGGGACCAUUAGUUGCUACCUCAGUGAGAGCGUUUUAGAAUGCUGGGGUCAGGGGAUGUGAAGACAUGGAGUGGGUAUGUAGAUCGCUCUGCUGGAAUGUUCCUGCGCCUUGGGAUUCCAGGGGGAGCCCCUGUGACUCCCCUGGCGGGCUUUCAGAGAGCAGAGAUGAGAGGAAGCCUUUAAACAUAAACUAGACAUCUGUGAUGUCCCCAAGGAUGAGGUGGACAUCUGGGGGGGAGGGGGGUGUCUUGGAAAGACAUGGGGACAGGUGUUUAUUUCUCUGAGACAAGAGCAAGAAUUUGUGCCGGGUGUGGUAGCGCACACCUUUAAUCCCAGCACUUGGGAGGCAGAGGCUGGCGGAUUUCUGAGUUCAAGGCCAGCUGGUCUACAAAGUAAGUUCCAGGACAGCCAGGGCUAUACAGAGAAACCCUGUCUCGAAAAACCAGAAAAAAAAACCACAUGAGUAUUUGUGGAAAAGAUGCAGAACAAGUUAUUCCUGCCUGGUCACGUCUCUUCUCUAGGACAGAGGAUUACACUGUCAGUGGUGGGAGGGGACGUUGGGAAAGUGCUAGGAGCAGAUAAAGGCGUGGGUGGCAGCCUUAGCAGUGACCAUUGAGCAUGGUGGAGCUGCCAGGCAAGAAGGAGAGCGCACAGCCAGGAUGUCUGGCGUUCUGUGUUCCUCUCUCCUAGGAACGGACAUGGAUAGGAACAUCUGGAAGAGUAGGAGAAGACGCGGGCGAAGCCGACACCAGAGCCCUGCCCUGGGGCAGUGUGAUUCCAGUGAGAGGUACGCCACAGGGGCAUCUCAGAGCUCACAAGAUUCUGGCCACCAUGAUGCUGAGUCCCCGUCAACCUCGUCCAGCAGAACUGGAGAGUCUUCAGUGCCAGAACUUCCAGGUUUUUACUUUGACCCUGAAAAGAACCGAUACUUCCGUUUGCUCCCGGGUCACAACAACUGCAACCCCCUCACAAAGGAGGGCAUCCAGCAAAAGGAGAUGGAGAGCAGGAGGCUGCAGCUGCUGCAGCAAGAGGACAUGCAGAAAAAGAAAAUUACCAGAGUGGGAUUUAAUGCAUCUUCCAUCCUACGAAAAAACCAGCUGGGUUUUCUCAACUUCUCCAGUUAUUGCCGUUUAUCCCAUGAGCUGCGGGUGAGCUGCAUGGAGAGGAAAAAGGUAGAGAUUCAGAGCUCAGACCCUUCUGCUCUGGCAAGUGACCGGUUUAACUUCAUCAUGGCAGACACUACCAGUGACCGCCUCUUCACAGUGAAUGACGUCAAAAUCGGAGGCUCCAAGUACGGCAUCAUCAACCUGCAGGGUCUCAAGGCCCCCACGUUCGAGGUGCAGAUGCAUGAAAACCUGUACUUUACCAACAGGAAGGUGAACUCUGUGUGCUGGGCCUCACUCAAUCACUUGGACUCCCACAUACUGCUGUGCCUCAUGGGCCUUGCAGAGACGCCAGGCUGUGCCACCUUGCUCCCCGCUUCACUGUUUGUCAGUAACCACCAAGGUACAGACCAGCCUGGCAUGCUCUGUAGUUUCCGGAUCCCUGGGGCCUGGUCCUGUGCCUGGUCCUUGAACGUCCAGGCAAAUAACUGCUUCAGUACAGGUUUGUCUCGGAGGGUCCUCUUGACCAAUGUGGUGACAGGACACCGGCAGUCAUACAGGAUCAACAGUGAUGUCUUGGCCCAGCAGUUUGCAGUCAAGACUCCUUUGCUGUUUAAUGGCUGUCGUUCUGGGGAGAUCUUUGCCAUUGACCUGCGUUCUCCAAGUCAAGCCAAGGGCUGGAAGGCUACCCAAAUUUUCCAUGACUCAGCCGUGACCUCUGUGCAGGUCUUCAAGGAGGAGCAACACCUGAUGGCGUCAGACAUGUCUGGAAAGAUCAAGCUGUGGGACCUGAGGGCCACUAAAUGUGUGAGACAGUAUGAAGGUCAUGUGAAUGAGUACGCCUACCUGCCACUGCAUAUGCACGAGGAGGAAGGGAUCCUGGUGGCAGUGGGCCAAGACUGCUACACACGGAUCUGGAGCCUCCACGAUGCCCGCCUGCUCAGAACCAUACCCUCCCCAUGCCCAACCUCCAAGGCCAACAUUCCCAGUGUGGCCUUCUCUCCUCGGCUUGGGGGCUCCCGGGGCGCCCCAGGGCUGCUCAUGGCCGUCCAGCAGGACCUGUACUGUUUCGCCUACAGCUCGUCUUGUCCAGACAGUCAGGAGGAGGGCAGGUGGGAGCUCCCUUCUGUUUCCAAUGAGGACAUUUUAUAAAUGGUGCUUGCUGUAUGCAAGUGGAGUCCUUCAGCCUCGGAGGGCAGAAUGCAAAGCGACUGACCUGGGGCCUGGAGAGAUGGCUCAGUGGUUAAGCACUGGCUGCUCUUCCAGAGGACCCAGGUUCAAUUCCCAUCGACCAAUAGGCACCUCACAACCAUCUCAGACUCCAGUUCCAGAGAAUCCAGCCCCCUCUUCUGGCCUCCUUGACGGCAGGCAUGCGUGGGAUAUGGAUAGAACACGCAGGCAAAACACCCGUACACAUAAAAUAAAAAAUACAUUUUCUUCAAUUUUCUAAUUUUGCCAAAGUAUAUUAUGUGGAGUAAUGUCAAUAAAGGCUCAGAGUAUGAAAGGCCUCAUCAUAAAA